UCGAGUUUCAUGUCAUUAAGCGGGCGACGAGGGUGUUCUGUACUGCGUUCUCGCAUUCAUAGCCCGGGGAGUAGGAGCUGCAGGAGGGGUUGGUAAAUCAGAGAAGGGGCUGGGGUGUGUCAUUCGUUACAAAAAAAACAAAUUAGACGAAAUACUGUAUUUGCUAAAUGGUUAUUAAUAUUUUCAUAGCGGAAGUUACAUUGCGAGGAAGUCGAAAGCAGAAACGAACGGCACACACACGUUUUUAUUUAAGUAUUACUAAGUACUGAGAAGAGAUGGAUAAAGUCGCUAAAGAGGGGCAGCUGUAUGUCCAGCAUCAGAAGUUUGGCAAGAAAUGGAAGAAGAGCUGGUUCAUCCUGUACCCUGCCAGCCAGAACGGGAUUGCCCGGCUUGAGUACUUCGACUGCAGCAACCCCAGCGAGAAGCCCAACACCAAGAAGAUGGACAAGAAGAUCAUCCGGCUGGCCGAGUGCAUCAGCAUCCUGCCUGCCGUCACAGAGACCUGCCCCAAGGAAAGCAUGGCCGCCUUCUGCGUGGAGACCAACGAGAAGAUCCACGUCUUCGCCGCAGAGAAGCAAGCCACGGCAGAGUGGAUCGAGAAGCUGUGUGAGAUAGCCUUCCAGGGGAACCUGGGAGACCUGAAGCACAGCAGUGGCUCAGACUCCAGCAGCCCUUCAAACAGCAAGUCUGAGAUGGAGAUGGCUGAGAACCUCAUCUACUUCUCCCGGGAUGAAGUGAGUGAGUUCUGGGUGUCGGUGCAGAAGACAGAGGCGUCGGAACGGUGCGGACUGCAAGGCUCAUACUGCCUGAAAGCUGAUAAGGAGAGCCUGCUGCUGAAGGAGCCCAAGACCAAGCAGACCCUCUUCGCCUGGCCCUACAAGCUGCUGCGCCGAUACGGGCGAGACAAGGUGAUGUUCUCGUUCGAAGCCGGCCGGCGCUGUGACUCAGGCCCGGGGAACUUCACCUUCGAGACGAAGCAGGGCAACGAGAUCUUCCAGAUCGUGGAGGCUGCCAUCAAGGAGCAGAAGGUGCAGGCUGAAGAGAACCGUCAGAGCUACCCCUCUCUCGACUCGGAAAGCCUGGCCAGCCAGCAGAUACGCAGCGCCAUCACAGAGUCAGGGGGAGGGGGAGGGGGUGCAGUUUGUGCAACCAAGAUCACAGAGCCUGAGUCAGACACCCCAGCGGGCAGCAAGCAUGGCUCGGCUGACGGCAUCUUCACCAAGAGGGAAGACAAGCUCCUGAAGGCACGCAACCUUCCUGAUCCUCCGAGCCUGUCCUCGAAAUCCCCCAGCACUCCUCCCCGUUCCCCCCUGCUCAGACUCCCCAGAAGCUCGUCCCUGUUGCAGGACCAGGCCAGCCUCUACUCCGAGCCCAUGGAUUCGGUGCGGCCGCCCAAGCCCUCUGUGGAGUCCUUGUACUCCGACCCCGUGGACAGCAUUAAACCCCCGGCCCCCACGCCCAGGCAGAGGCACGGUGCAGACGAGCCAGGCAAGGCAGAGCCCCUCUACUCUGACAUCUACGACCGUGUCACCUACGACCUGGCACAGAAAGCGUCUGGGCUCAUCCUCGAAGGAGGAGGCAGGAACGGGGAGUUGGACACCGAGGAGCACAUUUACGACGAACCGGAAGGGAGGGCCUGGCAGCCGCCCCCCGCCGUCAGCUCCCUGUAUGACGAGGCUCGCCUGGGAGCCAGUGUGUGGAGGAAGCAGGGCGUAGACGAUCAGACGGGCCACGAGAUCCCCUACAACCCCAGCACUGACGACUACUGCGUGCCUCCCUACGAAAAGCAGCAGCAGCCGAGACCCAAGGGGCCCAAACCAGCACCCAAGCCACAGAUAUCCAGGAAAGAGCCACCACCCCUGCCCCUUGGCAAAGCCAACUUCAACAACUCCAACAGCAAGGACAUUUACAGCAAGGUGAUGAAGAGCAACAACAACAGUCUGCCCCUGGUGAACAGGGGCCAGGAGGACUUGCUAGAUGCUGCUGGCACCAGUUCUCCAGAAUCAGUUUAUGAGGACCUGGGAAGCCUCUAACCAACCUUCUUGGACAGUCUAGCAGGAAGUAAAGAGCUGGAACACUUUUUCCUGGACAGCAUUUCAGUUUAUUUUUUUCUUGGAUCUGCUCCUCGUCCAUCGGGAGCAAUCAGGAGAUGAUGUACAGAGUCAGUGUGUGAGGUCAGUCCCAAAGGAGCUGCACCCUAUCAUCCCCAGCUGGCACUGGCACUUUGAGACAAAACGCUGAUCUGAUUGCAGGGAAACUUGGUUAGCACGUUCUUCAGCACAAGUUAUUGAGAGUGUCAGUGGAGGAGCCCGUCUGUCAGCUGCUGCAGCACUUAUUAUAAACAUGCCUCAAGGUUCAAAGUUUCAAUCACAUUUUAAAUUUGAAAGUACGCCACUCUGUGACAAAUUCAAUUGCAAAUCUGGAUCUUUUUGUUAUUAUUAUUCUCACCCUGGUGGUGAUUUCUGUAGUCUCCCGUUGCCCUUUUUUUCUUUUCUAGACAUUGCAUUUGGGGUAAUUAUUUUUACAAUUUCAGUGGUAUUGUCGUGUAACCCCCCCUGUGUUCCCACAUUUUCCACAUACAUUUAUAAACUACUUUAAUUAAAUACAACUUUUAGAUGUUCUAUUUUUUAAGUAGUAAAACUUGUACUUAGGAGAAGUUUUAUUUUAUAUACUUUUAUGUGUGUGUGCGUGUGUGUGUGUGUGUGUGUGUGUGUGUUUCAAUCUACAGCCAGCAGCAGAUGCUUUUCUCUUGCAAAGUGCUCCAAAUCAGGGAUAUUCAGCCUGCUUCUUGUCAGCUCUCUUCAUGUUCCACACAGAGCAUUGUCAUAUGAAGCAGUCACUGCAUGGCAUCCAGCAGUUUAUCACAGAUUGAACCUGCUGUAGGAAGAAAAGCAUUGGGAGCAGAAUGCUUGGGAGUCCUCAAGGAAUACAGCUGGUCAGUUGAGUAAUAAUUGAAACCACAACAUUGCCACGCCUUGGAACUGCAGCACUGCUUUCUAAUCGUUUCCCUUAAGUUUUUCUUUGUAUGGGAAAAACUAGCUAGUGACAUGCAGGAUGAGGUCGGGACUGUGAAUGAAGUGAAUGGGGACCAGGCCGAUCGGCAUGCACUAUUGAGGUGAACAAGAUGGGAUUCAGUCAGCGUUGCUAAUUUAUGGCUGUUUCAGGACCUUGUUCCUAUCCAUUGCCAUUAAUUACUGAAUUGAGCAGUCCUAUUGACAUAGCUGGAACGAGGACUGAAAUACCCGCUCACGCUAUCUACAUGAAUUGAGCAGUCCUAUUGACAUAGCUGAAAUGAGGACUGAAAUACCCGCUCACGCUAUCUACAUGAAAUGUUGAAACUGUGGUGGUGAAUGAAGGUGAUUGCGUGCUUUCAGUGCAUUAUAUAGAGUGUGCGGAUUGGGUAAAACAGACAGGUGAGGCCUGGACGUCGCGAGUUCGAGUCCAGGCUGUUCCACAGCCGACCGUGGACGGGAGCUUCCAGGGGGCGGCGCUCAAUUGGCCGAGCGUCGCCCGGGGGGAGGGAGGGUUAGGUCGGCCAGGGUGUCCUCGGCUCACCGCGCACCAGCGACCCCUGUAGUCUGGCCGGGCGCCUGCGGGCUUGCCUGUAAGCUGCCCAGAGCUGCGUUGUCCACCAACGCUGUAGCUCUGAGGCGGCUGCACGGUGAGUUCGCAGUGUGUAAAGAAGCGGGCGGCUGACGGCACACGCUUCGGAGGACAGCGUGUGUUUGUCUUCACCCUCCCGAGUCAGCGCAGGGGUGGUAGCUGAGCCUAAAAAAUAAUUGGGCAUUUCAAAUUGGGGAGAAAAUAAUAAUAAUAAAAAAAAAAACUAAUUGGCAACGACUAAAAUUAUAAAAAAAAAAUAAAAAAAAAUUAGACAGGUGAGGAACACUGGUCUGUAUGUAUUUUAUGUUAAGUUGUGUUUUCAUGUAUUUGUUUUUCAUUUUACGUGUGCUCUCUAUUCAGACAUUAAGGUACGAGCUGAACUAACAAGCACAUCAAUGCCGUGCAGAACCGCUCCACAAGAAUGUCCAGACGUAUCUUUCACUGGAUUCACACGGGCCGGGAUUAUUUACCACUGGACUUCAUAGGAUAUGUUGAAAAUUCCCAUCAUUUUAAACUAAAUGUAACUUAGGAUUCAAAUGAAUGAAUUGUAAACAGGUGUAAUUACAAAAGUGUGUGGUUAUAACUUCCCCCUAAUAAAUGAAAUAAGUUAUGACUUCUCAUUACAGCGCGUUGAAAAUACGGGCCCUAUUUGCCAAAAGACGCAGCGCUCAAGUUUCCUGUGUUGAGUUUGGUGAUCACCUCAUUUAUUCCAGUUCCACUCCAGAGUGAGGGUUUCAGAUGGUUAUAGGCUCUUUUCAAUAAAAUAAGGCUAUUAUCAUCUCAUGAAAUACAUUCAACUGCAUAACAAGCAUCACAUAUUCCUUGUUAUUAUAUAUUUGUUUUUAUAAUUCAGGUUAAACAAAGUUUAUGACAAUGAGAUUCUGCACCCACUCCCACUCACACACACACUUUCCUCAUCAGGAUAAUAUUUAACUUGCUGCUAAUUGCUUUGCAGCAGCAAAGGUCAUUCAAAAUGAUCCAGAAAGCAUUCAGAACUGGGCAGACACAUGGCAAAUGACAUUUAAUAGAGAAAAGUGUAAAGUACUGCACGCAGGCAACACAAAUGUGCAUUAUAAAUAUCAUAUGGGAGAUAGUGAAAUUGAAGAAGGAAUCUGAAAAAGACCUAGGAGUUUAUGUUGACUCAGAAAUGUCUUCAUCUGGACAAUGUGGGGAAGCUAUAAAAAAGGCCAACAAGAUGCUCGGAUAUAUUGUGAAAAGUGUUGAAUUUAAAUCAAGGGAAGU